GUAGUGGCCCGACUCUCGCACAAGUCGCGUGGUUCUCCACUUUCUCGAAACACACCACCAAAACAUAACCUCAAAAUAAAUUUCGGCACAAACAAACAAGUGAUAAGUGAUUUUGGCGAAGGAUUAGGUGUGGGGGUGUCAGUGUCACCCCAGUUUGUGUUCUUCCCUCAGUGAGUGUUUCAUUGAUUUGACAUCAGUGUUUAAACCAUAAAACAUACACACACAUGUGACUCAAAUUAAAAUUUUAUUUUAACAUUUAUUGGUGUUCCAAGUGUUGUUUAUAAUUGUUUGAUCAGUGCGACAGGAAUAUCUGUGGUUGGUGGACUGCACAAGCUGCUCCCAAAGCCGACGCACUCUUCGAGCAAGGCGUUGACAGUGGGAUGAUGAUGGAACGCUCUCUCACCUCAAUCAGACCAACUAGCUUCUUCAUGACGAGUCGAGAAUAGGCAAUCAAGUCGUUGUCCUAUCAUUUAGGCUAUUUUCCGACAACAAUUCUAGUUUGUUCGUUUGUACGUAAUAGGAUAAUUUAUAUGGAGCGCAUUAUCUAACAAUUUAUCACGGUCUAGUGAUUUCUGUUAGUAGCAACUAGGCUAGCUUAGUUGUCCAAGUCACCAGCAACUGACCUAGUGAUAAAUAAGUAGGAUUGUCAGGUUAUGGAGCAUUGGGAUGAAUGUGACAAGUGAACUGGAUUAAGUGACCGCGAGUGUGUGCUUUCAACUUUCUUCACGAUUUUACGAGUGGAUUAAGUGCCAACAACAAAAUAAAUCGUUCUUUCACACAUGGAUACCACUUGAUAGCUACUGGGAAAGCUUGUUGAUUCUCUCCACUCACCUCGAAUCGCCCACCUCGUCACUCAUUCACUGCAAUGCAAGCCACAUUUCAAUUGAUCUACGUUUCCGAGUUCGGUACAGCUUCUAUUUUCAGAGUUCCGCGUUAGUGUUCUACAUAGUUAGAGUUAUUUUUCAGUUUCAAAGUACCGUGAUCUUUUGCACAGUUUAAACAUUCACCAUGCUCAAUUGUACCGAUUUUGAAUGCAUUCUGCACCAUCACCACUACAAUCAUCAUGAGAAUAGACUGCAACACCACCUCCAAGACAACAGGGCCCAUCAUGAGCAUCACCAUGUUGUUAUGUCAGGAGAUACUGCUGACAGACAACAUCACGAGCCAGAUACUCUGAACAUCACAGCCGAUGACGAUGGAAUUUGGGAACCUCAAGAUUCUGAGUUGCAGUCAUCCUCGCACGUCGAUGAUCCCAAUGAAACGCUAUACAUGGUGUUUGGUGUGCUCAUUGCGAUGGUACUGGUUGGUAUCAUUAUCGUUCUCCUGGCAGUCACCAUCAGCAAGCUGAGGAAACGUGAGGACACCCUGCCCACAACCACCACAGCUACACCAGCCACCACCACCACCACAACCACAGCUGUGAACAACACCACCACCAACAACAACAACAACAACAAUGUCAUCCAGCACUCCAACAACCACAUCCUCUCGAAUGGCUGCCAGCAGCAGCAGCAGCAGCAGAACCAUGCCAACAGCCAGCAGACUGAUGUGGCCGUCGACGGCCCCCACCCUCCUUUCCUGUGGGUCUACCACACCAACGGAACCUCCACCACCAACUCUUCCCAGUACACGCUGUACAACAAUGACCAGGACACUCUUGUACACAACCUUCAAUGCGAAGAGGCCCGUGAAUGCAAGGGUUUCCGGAAAAACCUCAGAGGCAAAUGGCGCCGACUUGUCAAGAAGAAGCCACAACAAGAAGUCUACACGAUACCUGCUGAACUUAGGGAUCAGCUCAAACAGAUCUACGUUUACUGACCUCCUCCUUUCCUCAAAUCAUAAUAUUCCAAUCCCAUUCUCACCACUUACAUUAACGAUUGUUAAGCUUAUUUCUUUCUAAGUUAGUUUUAAGAGAUCUUGCAUAUAUAUUUCUACCUACCACCUAAAUAUUUUACAAUGCGCAAUCGUUUAAUGAUUGAUUACACAUUUCCGAAUGUAAAUAUAAAAAACAAUGUUGAUCAUCAUCAUCAUCAUCCUCCAUUUAAGGUAUUAUUUGCUAGUUAGGAUUUAUCUCAUUAACUUUGAAUAUGUUUUUCCAUUUCCCCACAGUAUUUCCCUGAAAAAUGUCAAUAAUUAAUGCAAAUAAUGUGAUCCUACCUAGUUGUUUAGCACUGACUUAAAAUGUAAUGUUAAUAGUUGAACAAAAUAUUUUUACAGCUUAAUAUUUCUUCCUGUAAUUCUAUUGAAUUUCCAUGAAUGUGCCUUUAUAGAAGGUGUUCCCUUCGCUGUUUCUCUGAGGAUUGGCAAUUUAGUCUGUAGACUAGAAGAGCGAGACUAGUGUUGUGGUUUAACGAGAUAUAUGUUGGUUAGCUGUUUAGGUUAUUUUGUCUAUAGUCUGUGAUUGGUAGUUGGCUUUGGCAGCCAUUAUCAGGUGCCAUUUCAAGCUGGGGAAACCAUGAUAUUCCAUGUAUAUAUAUAUUUUUGUCUAGAGUAAGCUUUUUUGUAAAUAAUAGGCUAACACAAUGCAAUUCGUCCAAGGCAAUCAAUAAGAGGGAGCAUUGAAACGACUGGCUGUUGGCUCUAUUGACAAGUCCAUGAAGCUGGAUAGAAGCCUUGCUACCUUGCUCGCGUUUUUCACCGGAAAACGUCUUUAGCAGGAGAGCAUCAAUUCCUGACUCAUAUUGAGUCUCAUUUUUAGAAUCUUAAGAUAUGUAGUGAAACACUUUUAGACACCAGAGUUUGUGUUGUUCGAUGCUAUUUAUUCCAAAUUUAAAACAAAAUUUUUAAAAUAAACCAUAACUUCUACCCAACCAACAAAAUAAGUAAGCACAUAAAAACAAUUCUAAAAAUUACAUGUUGGGAUUAAAAAUAAUUAAAUGCAGUAUUAUGAAGAUGAAAAAUAUUUAACAGUAUUCAAGCAGCUAGUUUCUUCAAUUCAAGAAAGAGUUAACAGUAGUACGAUACUACUUUUCAAUCAUUUGACUUGAGAGAGUAAAUUCAAUGAAAUUAAAGCAAGACUUUUAUUCAAUAUUGAUUGACAUCGUCAUAAUUCAUGAGAAAUAGAAAAUUUGAGAACUGGCUCUCUCCUGAUUAAAAUACUUUUUAAACAAUUUAUAACAAACAUGCUUCUUUCAAAUUCUACUUCAUAAGUCAAAUCUUAAAAUGUUAUUGUUUCAAUGUUUUUUGUAUACUUCAGUUGUGUAUGGAACAUAUUGUACUGUGUGUGGUUUCCACCAGAAACUAUUUUAAAUGGAAAUAAUACAUGUGUUAAGCAGAUGAAUAAAAAUACAAAACGGUCAUUGAUUGGUUUUGUAUGCAUUUCUUUGAAAUUUUAAUAUUUGUAUUGAUAUUCUCUGUAAUGAGAAUACUUUUUUACACUAGUCAACAAAUAAAUUUUGAUAAUCGUUGACAAUAAUACAGAAUUGAUUGAAAUGUGCAAGUGAUCAUAGAUGCAUGCUUCAUUAUUCUGUGAAAAUAAUUGCAUUUUCAAACGAGUUUUGUAAGUUCAUAAAGCAAACGUCUCUACAUUUCAAAUAAAAAAUGUCAAACUUUA